GGCUCGAGGACGUCGUCUGCGAACGAAAUACGAGCACAAAAAAUCAGAGCUUUCCUUCUAUUUUGUUUCAUAUUUUCCGAUUGCGUCGCGAGACCCGAUUUCGAGGCGACUCAGUCGAUAACAAAAAAGACGUCUUCGCUCUCGAAACCGGAGCACGUAACGAAACUAAGCGCGACCCCUCGCGCGAGCCAAAUAACAAAAAGCUCCUUAAAUGAAAGCUCGCUUUUGCGAACCCUUAAGAAUCUAGUUACUCGAACAGAUCCACGGGUCCUCUCGGCCUUCUGCUUGCAGACUUUAGCCCUCGGCCGCGACGAUGGGUCGUCGGGGCCCGCUGCGGUGAAGGGUUGGAGGCGAACGGCGUCGUUUGUGGCGCUGCAGCGCGUCAAACUCCGGCUGCGAGUAAUCAGCAUGUAA